AUGACCCCCCGGCUGCGGCGCGCGGUGCUGUGCAGCCUGGCCGCCGUAGCGGUGCUGUCCGCCGUUCCCGUCGCCCUCGCGUCACGGAAACUGCGUGACCGCAGGUACGGGCUGCAACCGCUGGACCCGCUGCGGCUGACGGAGGUGCUGCUGGAGCAGGGCCGCGGGCUCAGCCUCGCUCUCCGAGACCUCGACGUCAUCGGCCUGCACGCCACCGACAUCAGCAGCGUACGAUUGGAGAUACCAACGCACACUAUGAAAAUCAACCUGUCUGUACCACAUGUUGAAAUUGUGGGAAACUAUGAGAUCCAGGGGAAGGUAUUGGUGGUACCGAUUACGGGAAAAGGGAAAGCAAAUAUCACUCUUGACGGUGUGCACGCGUCUUACACGUUCAAACACGACCUAUUCAGGAAGUCUGACGGCAAGCAGUACAUCAGAGGCAAUGAGCACACGUUAAGGGUGACUGCAGCUAAGGGUGGUGCACACUUCGAAAACCUCUUCAACGGCGACAAGAAACUAGGAGAUUCUGUCAACAAAUUCAUCAAUGAAAACUGGAGAGAUGUGAUGCAAGAAAUCCGUGCUCCCAUUGAGGAGACAAUCAUACAAGUUGUGAAGAGAAUCCUAACCAGCUUUGCCAAUGUCAUACCCUAUGAUGAAAUCCUGCUCCCAAAAUAA